UUAAAAUGUACAUCAGAUACAAAAUUGCAAGAUUUCUUCAUGACAUUCGAUAGAUUAAUAACAGAACUAAACGGAAUAGGCAGUACUGUACAAGAAGAAGAUACGAUAUGCUACCUAUUAUCCGCUAUGCCUUCGAAUUAUGAUACAAUUAUUACUUCAAUAGAAACAAUGUCAUUAGAAAAUAAAAUAAACAUAGAUUUCGUCAAAGCAAGAUUACUAGAUGCAGAAAUUAAGUACAAAACUAAAGAACAGACAGAUAUACUUACAGAACAAAUCUUCUGCUGCUAUACAUGUGGAAAAAGAGGUCAUAAGUCAUUUCAAUGUAAGAAAAAUCAACAAGAACAGUAUAAUAAAGAAGACAUACAAAGGUAUGGACAAGGACGAGGUCGAUCCUGGCACGGAGCAGCUCGAAUUAAUAUGAGGGGGCGAGGAAGACCAUGGCAAGAAAGAUCAAUGAUGAGAGGACGAGAAAAGUACACCUCUAACAGAGCAACAUGUGCUAUGGAUGAAGAUAACAUGACAGAACAGUGGCUAUUUACAGCUUUCGGUGAGAAGGAACAGUAAAAUUAUUAAAACAAAAGAAUGAAGCGGAAGAAAAUUUAAUACAAUAUAUUAAAUAUGUAAAGACACAAUUAGGUUUUAAAACGAAGAAAUUAAGACUAGAUAAUGGUGGAGAAUUUACAUCAUCUCGAUUCAAAAACUACUGUCGGCAAAAAGGUAUUGUACUACAAUAUACUUCACCAUACACUCCAAUGCAAAACGGAACUAGUGAAAGAAUGAAUAGAUCAUUAUUAAACAAAACACGAACCAAAUUUGCAGAAACUAAUUUACCAAAAGAAUUAUGGGGAGAAGCUGUUUGUUGUUCUGCAUAUGAACUAAAUAGAUGUCCGAGUAGAGUGUUACAAUAUAAUACACCAGCUUCCAUUUGGUAUGGAUCCAAUAACAUUGUUAAAAUGAAAGUUUUCGGAUCAAAGGCUUGGCGAGUAACUUUACCAAAACCGAAUAAAUUAGAAGCCAGAGCAAGACUUAUGAUUAUGGUAGGUUAUUCUGGAUCAGGAUAUCGACUGUG